CCUGCUGGCAUUUGGCCUCGUGUGUACUUGUAAGUGUCGACGCCCAACACACGAAAGCGCCUCGAAAUAUUCAGGAGAGAUGACCUAGCAAUACAUUCGUUGUCUCCAGACACAUGACUUACUGGACUAGAAACUUAUGAGCAAACUUGAUGCGCUUAACCUGUCACUUGGAAACUGUGAUCUCGCUGAAAUUCCGUGAACAGAGAGAGAAAAAGACUCAACAGUCGAAUGUCCUCAGAACUGCAUGGUUUAGAGAGAGGUCAGACAGUCAUGAAUGAUAGUGGCCGCUUUAUCUAUGCUCACUUUGGAUCGGUAGCAACUCAUCUUUGUUCUACAUUCUCUGCAACUUGAAGUAUUCAAGUAUUGUAUCCACUGCUGUCAAUCUACACCCAGUAGGCGGGCACAAGACGUCAGUUGCCGUUGAAGCCCCGCCCACACCGACCUCGACCUCGACCUUGAUAUUCAACAGCACUGACAUACAUUUUUCUGGCAGUAAUUUAGAUGAUUUACAAGGGAAAAACAAUCAUUAAUUUUCGAAACAAAGAGUAGAACAGCUGUGUCCUUAUCUACAGAAGUGUGAUUCUAAGUGCGAGCAAGAAAGACUUAUACAAGAGGAGGUCAACUCUGACCCCGUCAGCGCCUGCUGUCAACAACGGAGUAGUUCAUGUCAAGUGUAUUUCCCGAAAAUCUCUCAGCUCUAGGGUGUGUCGGCUGCUGUGAAUCGUCUUGAGCUUUCGGAAUGCGAACAAAGCUGUGUUGAUUCCUUCAAGUCUGAAUAAGAUAAGAUUACUUACCAAGAAAUGGAAGUAGACACAAAAACCAUUUCUUGCAACCAUAGACAGUCGGGUUGUAUGAUACCCGCAGCUUCCACUCAAGAUGACACAAGUGAGGUUCAAUGUCUUCACGACCGAAUAUUUAAAAUCCUCAUCAUUGGAGCUCCUGGAAGUGGGAAGAGCACAGCUGGAAAUAUUCUUCUUGGCAAGGACCACUUUCAAGUGUCAAACGCUAAUCUCUUCAGUUCCGUAACAGUGGCAGCAAUGAUUGGAGAAAAUGACAGGGAAGACAGACAUUUACUGGUUUUAGACACGCCCGACAUCUGUAGUUCAAACCUAAACAACGACGAUAAAGCGAAAAGUGAACUAGAAAGAUGGCUAAGCAUGUGUCCAGACCCUCACCUCAUCCUGUUCACUAUUCGCUACAGCCCCGCGGACCUCAAUGACGCUGUACGGAGGUUCACUAGAGUCAAGGGUCUGUGGAACGAGGAAUUUAUUAGGCAGAGGCUCGUGGUGCUCUUCACAUUUGGAGACAAGGAAGCACCGAGUGAAGAGGAACUCCAGAAGAAAAGUCAUGAAGGUUUACAGGAGAUUCUAGACUACGCCGGCCAUCGCUACGUCAUCUUUGACCCCACACUCGGGGUCAGCGAGCAACAGAAGCGUGUCGACCAGGUGUUGUGCUACCUUGAUGAGUUAAGCCAUGAAAGAGAUCUUAGGCGACAAGAAAAGGACAAACAAAAAGUGCUGAUCAUCGGCAAAACUACAAACGGAAAGAGCACGGUGGGCAACUCCAUUCUGAACAAGAUUGUCUUUCAUGUCACCACUGGGCUGUCCUCAUCCUGUACAAAGGAGGAAAGCAGGAGUGGUUGUAGACAAGGCAAACAUAUUACAGUGAUUGAAACUCCUGAUGUCAGCAACCUUACGCUGGAAGGUAAAGCUGCAGAUGAUGAAAUAAAAAAAUGGUCGGAUUUCGAUCCUGACCUUAUCUUGCUGGCCAUUCGUUGUGAUGUCCGCUAUACACAAGAGGAACAUCAGAUAUACAAACGGAUAAAGAGAGUUCUCGGGGAACAAUUCGUCUGUCCAAGGCUAGCUGUGGCCUUCACCUUCGGGGACAGGCUAAACACAAACAUAGAGGAUGAGCUGAAAUCAGUUUACCCAGAGCUACAGGAUGUUCUGACUGAUGCAAGACAACAGUAUAUUGUGUUCAGCAUUGACGAUCAAGAAGAAGAUAAAGAGAAACAUUUUAGCAAAAUCCUCGACUUUGUGUCAGAAAAAGGCAAGCAGAAAACGUGUGCGGAAAAUCUCCUGUGGGAGUCUACACCUGAGCUGUCCCAGGUAGACUUCCAUCACAUCCAUAAAGACAACACAUCCCAAGCCAGCAUACGACAACUGUCUUUGUUUCCUGAUGAACCACGACAUAACAUUAAUGUACUGAUCGUCGGCAAGACUGGAAAUGGAAAAAGCACAGUGGGCAACUCUCUCCUGAACUACUCCGCCUUCUGUGUCACUAGAGGUUUUGCUUCAGCAACCACACGGCCUAAAACCCAAUCAGCUCGAAGAUACGGAGUCAACAUUACAGUGACUGACACUUCUGACCUCAGCAACAUGUCUGUCGAUGACAAAGAUGUGGACAGAGAGAUCCACAGCUGGCGGACAUUUCAACCUGAUGUCAUCUUGUUGACUAUCCGCUGUGAUGUACGCUAUAGACCCAAAGAGUUCCAGAUUUACAAACAGAUAAAGAAAGGUUUGAGAGAUGACUACCUCUGCCCAAGGCUGACCGUGGCCUUCACCUUUGGUGAGCGGCUGGACAGAGACAUCAAGGAGGAACUGAAGGACGCGUGCAUAGAGUUGCAUGAGGUACUGAAGGACGCAGACAAUCGCUAUCUUGUGUUUAGAAAAGAUGAUGCUGAAGAAAAAAAAAGGAAACAUAUUAUGCACCUGAUGACCUUCGUACCUACUCUUGAAAAUGAGGGAGAAAUAAAGAAGAUUCUUCUUCUUGGACCCCCUAAAAGCGGGAAGAGUUCAGGUGGCGAUGCCAUCGUAGGCAGACCAGUGUUUCAGGCCGGCACAGAGACUGUCAGGACGGUCAGCUAUUUGACCUACAUUAACGACACCUGGUGUCAGGUAUUUGAUACACCGGGAAUAUCAAGGCCCGUUGAGGAGCAGUUAAGGAGUCUGUUGGAAGUGACUCGUCCCGGUCCACACGCCAUCUUUUAUUUCGUCAGGAAGUCCAUUGCGACGACUGAAGACCUCGAACUGUUCAGACGAUUUCAAGACUUCAUCGAGGAGAACCUCAGGCAGCACGUGAAACUUGUUGUUACUAUGGAUAUGGAGGCGGUACGUUCUGUUCCAAAGCGAGUGAAAGAAAUGGAAAACAUUUUAUGUGAAAUGAGUGAAGAGGCGAAAGGCGGCCACACUCUCUGGUUAAUCGAAAAUUUAACGCCAGAGCACAAGAAAAAAUUAUUUGCAGAUCACAUUAAGGAUGUCCUUAAUUCAACGAAGGAAGCUUCAUAGCUUUGUGGUAGCAAACUCGAAAAAGAAAGCAAAUCAGUUUGCUAGAGUCUAUAAUUAAUGAGGUGUUACGUGACAGGUUUAAUUUACAAGUAAUUGAAAGGUAACUGCUUAAUCUUUGCUUUUGAAACUUUUUUAAUUCAAGUGAAUGCCUUUCCACAUAGUAGUCCAUCGUUUUAUUUCGAGAUAUCCCCAAAAUGUA